CCAUCGUUUUUUUUUUCAUUGGAAUUUCACAUUUUGCAUGAAAAUUACGGAGUUUUCGCUUUUUUAAAAUUACGCAAUGUCGGAGAAAGAAGAGGAAUCGAUUGAAUAUCUGACGGAAAAGGGGAUUUUCCCCCGUCUGCUGGAGAUUUUGAAGCAAUUGGUGGAAAUCGAUCCUCUGCCAGCGGAUCCACUGAUGUACAUUUUGCAUUUACUCGGCUGUCCGCUGAUUCCGCAGGCCCAAAUGAAGGCCCUGGAGCGAAAAGUGUCGCGGGCCCACGAUGAAUUGCGCUAUUUGCGACGCUUAUUAAUCGAUUUGGAUGGCGAAGAUCAGCUCUACGACAGCGAAAGCGACGUGGGUGAAUAUGUGGGCGAUGUGGAGGACACCAGUUCGUCGGCCCAGGAGAUUUCCCUGGUGGAGAGCCUCGAGUCGCAGUCGCUGUCCCAAGAAGACUCCGCCACACAAGCCGAGUUCGUAGUCUCCUCUUCCAAGGAUUCGGAUUCCUCGCAUCAUUAGAUCCGGUAUCUCAGAUCCUAUAUCGUCAUCACAUUCAUUAUAACGUACUUAUCUUUGCAUAUCAACUGCAUGUGAGUCUCCCGGUUUGUUUGCCCCCAUAUUACAU